GAUCCACGUGGUUGAAAAGCAGUAUCUGAUUGAAAUGGAGGACACGAAGAGGCACAGCGGAWUUUGCUCGAUCUUGACAUUCACAUAGCUAGGUUCAUCAGCGACGUUAUAUAAUAGUAUUUUGUCAAAAUUAAACUGCCAGUAUGGGGAAGUCCAAGACCAAAAACCAGAAGAAGUCACGUUUGAGUGCGAACCAUGUGGCAGAAGAGGUGUUCUGUGCGGUCCCUCACUCCUUCGUGUUUCARCGUGGCCAAGUCGGCAAGAAUGUCGGUCAGCUAGUGGAGGACAUGCGGCGCGUCAUGGAGCCCUUCACUGCAGAAUCCCUUAAGGUGAGGAAGAAGAAUGUGCUGAAGGACUUUGUGGCUGUAGCAGGACCACUGGGAGUGACACARUUCAUGAUCUUCACCAAGACGCCCAGUAGUGUCAACAUGAGGCUUGCUCGGCUGCCCAAAGGCCCUAUGCUCCAUUUCCGGGUGACCAAAUACUCCCUUAUUAAAGAUGUGGUCUCGUCACUGAAGAGGCACAGAAUGCACGAACAGCAGUUCGCGCAUCAUGCACUGCUGGUCCUCAAUAACUUUGGCUCGGAGGGCAUGCAUGUCAAACUUAUGGCCACCAUGUUCCAAAACAUGUUCCCUUCCAUCAAUGUGCACAAGGUAGCCCUCAACGCCAUAAAGAGAUGUGUUUUGGUGAACUACGAUCCAGUSUCUCAAGAAAUUGAAUUCCGCCAUUACAGCCUGAAAGUAGUCCCUGUGGGCAUGAGUAGAGGCGUGAAGAAGCUGAUGCAGGAAAAGUUCCCCAACAUGAGCAAGUUUGAYGACAUCAGUGAGCUGCUYAUGAAAGGGGCUAAUCUUUCAGAAAGUGAAGCKGAGCAAGAUGGAGAUCACAACAUAACGGAACUGCCACAGAUCUACUCCGGGCGUGGUAACAUGGCGUCUCAACAYAGCGCUGUGAGACUGACUGAGAUUGGCCCACGCAUCACCAUGCAGCUGGUGAAGCUCGAGGAGGGAAUGGGAGAGGGGAACAUACUCUACCAUGCAGUCAUCGCCAAGACUGAGGAAGAGCUUCAGGAGAUCCUGGUCCGAAAAGAGGCGCAGAUGAAAGAAAAGCAGGAACGGAAGAAAAAACAAGAGCAUGAUGUUGCCCAAAAGAAAGCGUUACGGGAUGAGAACAAGAAAAGAAGCAUGGCAGGCAUCAAGAGGAAGCGCCAGGAGGAGGAAGAGCAUGACCCUGAAGUGGAGGAUCCUGGGAACCAGGAUAACAGGCCUCCGGUUGUUGAAUCUGACGACGAGGCAGAGUACUACAGACAGGCUGUAGGGGAGGAYCCAGARGAAGGUAUGUACUCUUUCAYUACUGAACCAAGURUCUYUAGUUUGUGUUUUGUUGUACUAUAUUUUUGUGCUACUUUGACAGACAAAAGCACCUUCUAUAUUUAUUUUUCUCCCUCCCCCAUCCAAAUACCACUUUUGGGAGCCAGUUUGCACAGCCUUUUCCCCUCCUAUUUUCUAAUCUCCCACAGAAGUCAAUACACAACAAACAUGAUGGAUCACAACUCUUCUUGUCAUGGUGACAAGUUCCAAGUGCAGUUAUUGCCUUCAAUGUACGGUGUUGAGUUCUGCGUGGCGUUAGUUGGUAACCUGUUUGCCCUGAGGCUCCUGGCGACCAGGGAUAGGAACAGCUGGCACACUGGUGUGGUGCUGUCCUGUAACCUGGCCAUCAGUGACCUGCUCUAUGUCCUCACCCUGCCGCUGCUCAUAGUCUACUACAUGCAGGACAAGAACUGGCUGUUUGGGAUUGCGGUCUGUAAGAUAGAACGCUUCCUCUUCACCUGCAACCUGUAUGUUAGCAUCUACUUCAUCAUGUGUAUCAGUGUGAACCGCUAUGUGGCCAUUGUGUACCCCUUCUUCAGCCGGAACCAUGUGAACCCCGCCAAAGCCAAGGCUGCCAGUGUCAUCAUCUGGAUCUUUGUGACAGCCAUCUCCUCUCCUGUGUUGAAGUUUGCCUCCACAUGUCCAGAGGYAAGCAACAAAACCUGUUGUGUAUCCUACUCCUAUUGCACCAACAGUGAUGCAGUUGCAUACUCUCACUUGUUUUACAAAGUCUUUCUGUCUGUGGUUGGGUGUUUUAUUCCCUUCCUGGUCACAUUUGCAUCAUACUGCGCAGUGUUGAGGGUGGUGUGGAGGAAUGUGAAUAUAACCUCCCUGGAGAAACGGAAGGUGGCCCUGAUGGUGUUUGCAGUGGUUGUGCUGUAUGCCAUUUCCUUUGUGCCUUAUCACCUCCUCCAGAGCUACUAUUUCUACCAGAAGGUUCACAAACUUGGCUCUGUCUGCGACUGGGUGUACAAGGCCUACCAAGUGUCCAAGGGACUGGCUACACUGAACAUGUGCAUCCAUCCACUGCUCUACAUGGCUGUGUUUGAUAACAUCCGAGUGGCCUGCUGUGGAAGGAGCUCAGCAGAUAUGGCAAUGAAUAAUACAUGAAUAAAAGUAAUACUCUCUGCUCUUUG